CAGAGCACAGUCACUUAAAACAGUGAUUUUCACAUGUGGACUUCAUGAGGUUUAGUUUGAGUGUGUGUUUGUUCCAGAGCAGGUUAAUGUGGUUUAUGGACACUGAAUUUUUCAGGACUGUUUAGAGUUACUGAGAUGCAGCUGGAGAUUUGAAUACAGUUCUUUAAGAAUUGCAACCGUAUGAACAGAUAUCACAUGGAGUUAAGUGGAAUCACAGCAAAGUCCAAGAGCAGCAUGUCGAGAAGAUCUUCAGUAGGAAGAACCUUCCAGACUCCAGAGGAGACACAUGUAGACCUUCAGGAGCACAAGAGCAGAAGAUCCACAACUAUAGAGGAGGGGAUAGGCCGGCCGGUUGGAUUAAUCAUCUGUAAUAGUUUCAAGAACCAAAACAAAACGUUCCACAAACACUUUCCUGAAAUUCCAGAAACAGAAGAUCUGGAACAUGCGUUCACGUGCGCUCUGCAGAAGGAGGUGAUUUACCACGGUAAGAUGUUCGUGUCCAAUCAGCACAUCUGUUUCCACUCAUCUGUCCUGCUCAAAGAAACCAAGAUUGUGAUUGAAAUGUCCAGCGUUCAGACUAUCAAGAAGAAAAACACGGCUAAGUUUGUGCCCAACGCCAUCGCUGUCAUCACCACAGACGGACACAAGUACCUGUUUGUGUCAAUGCGGAAUCGAGAAGUGUGUUUUAGACUCCUUCAGUCGCUCUGCCCUCAUCUGCAGACUGAGAAUAUCAGCAGUAACCUGAAGAUAUCGUCAACAGUAAACAAUCAUCAUGAUGUGGACAUUGACACGAUGUCCGGUCAGUCGAGUUUGGAUGAGAACGCUGAUCAUCAGAGGAUUUCUCCUGCUGGAGAUUCCACGAGUCUGAACGAACACACUGUCACUACACAGACUGUCCACAUACAAGUGAGAAGCACCACAACACCUCACAACACCAACAGAAAAAACAACACAGCAGAGGAACACAACACAGCGGUCUGGUGGGUAACCAUGGUAACAGAGAAGAUCAGAUCUGUCCUGUCCACCAAUGACACGCGGCGAAUCAACAAACUCCUCGUCUUCUAUCUGAUAAUAGUGUCUCUUCUCUUGUUGUCAUCUGGUUACAUUGGAUUGCGGAUUGUGGCAUUGGAAAAACAGUUGAGCAUGCUGGGAACACUGCCGGAGUACACACUACACAACCAGUACAAGAAAUCAUGAUGAAGAGAGGAGAAUGAGAACCCAUUGAAUCAUUCACUGCGAAUGAAGAGCGACAAACACACCCGGAAACAGACAAAAACGACAUGUGACUCGAGACAAACUGCUUCAGAGUUUGUG